AUGAUGGAUUCAACCCCUGCUGUCACAACCAUAAUGACUCUGGCCUCUCACUCGGACAUGUCCGGUUACUUGUGGAUCUUGAUAUUGGGCUUUGUAAUUGCCUUUGUCUUGGCAUUUUCUGUCGGGGCCAACGAUGUGGCAAACUCCUUUGGUACAGCAGUUGGUUCCGGGGUGGUCACCUUGCGACAGGCCUGUAUCCUGGCCACCAUCUUUGAGACAGCGGGCUCAGUCCUGUUAGGGGCCAAAGUCAGCGAGACGAUUCGAAAGGGUAUUAUUGACGUCCAGAUGUACAACGGCUCCGAGUAUGUCCUCAUGGCAGGAUCAAUAAGUGCAAUGUGUGGCUCUGCCGUGUGGCAGUUGGCUGCAUCAUUCCUGAGGCUCCCCAUUUCCGGAACUCACUGCAUCGUCGGGGCGACUAUAGGUUUUUCCAUGGUAGCCAGAGGUCACCAUGGUGUCAAAUGGAUGGAGCUACUUCGCAUUGUGGCUUCCUGGUUCCUAUCACCAGUGCUGUCAGGCAUCUUGUCUGGGAUUCUCUUUUUCUUUAUUCGCAAAUUCAUUCUUUUUAAGGCUGACCCGCUUCCAAACGGCCUCCGAACUCUUCCAGUGUUCUACGCCUUCACUGUGGGCAUCAACCAACUCUCCAUCAUGUUUACAGGAGCACCAAUGCUGGGAUUUGACAGGGUACCAUGGUGGUGCAUGCUAUGCAUCUCACUUGGAUGUGGUGUCAUCACAGCGUUAGUCGUUUGGCUUGUUGCCUGUCCACGCCUGAAGAGGAAAAUAAAACAAAAAAUAGUCGCUUCUCCCUGUGAGACUCCUCUGAUCGAGUUAAACCGUAAUCAACACACUCAAGUGGUGGACACAUCAAUACCCCGAUAUCCACAAACUCAGACCCAUCUAACAGACAGUCAAAAUGUUGCCUUCAAACUUGGAGGGUCAGAAGAAGCUGAUCUAGACAAGGAGAUCAAAGACUUCCAGGUCAAUAAUGGACUAGAUAGUAAUGUUGGUCCCAUGAUGAUCACAGACCCCCAUAAUGAACGACUACAUGCCAUCCAGAAAGACUCUGGUCUUUACAAGGACUUGUUACAAAAGCUACACAUGGCUAAGGUCGGUGACUGCAUUGGUGACAGUGACACAGAGGAGCGUCCUAUUCGGCGAAACAACAGCUACACCUCCUACACCCUGGCCAUUUAUGGCAUUCAGGGAGAAUCUAAGAACAAGGACAGUGACGACUGGAGGAGGAGGUCCAGAGUGGACAGCUACAGCAGCUACAAUUCAACACUGACCAAAGGAAGUUCAGUGAAGGAUACCAGCGUGGCACACGAGGCUGUUUGGGAGCAACCUAUUGAAGAAGAUGAGCUGGAGCUUGACCAACCAGUUGUUUCCGCCCUUUUUCAAUUCCUUCAGAUACUAACAGCGUGCUUCGGCUCCUUUGCACAUGGCGGGAAUGAUGUCAGCAAUGCUAUUGGUCCUCUUGUGGCCCUCUGGCUUUUGUACGAAAGUGGUUCUGUUACAUCAAAUGCACCUACACCUAUCUGGCUACUUCUAUAUGGAGGAGUAGGUAUCUGCAUGGGACUCUGGGUAUGGGGCCGCAGGGUGAUUCAGACCAUGGGUAAAGAUCUUACCCCCAUCACACCAUCCAGUGGCUUCAGCAUAGAGCUGGCCUCGGCUCUUACAGUUGUUGUGGCAUCUAAUGUUGGGCUUCCUGUCAGCACAACACACUGCAAGGUUGGAUCAGUGGUAGCUGUGGGAUGGCUGCGUUCAAGGAAAGCAGUGGACUGGCAUUUGUUCAGGAACAUUUUUAUUGCCUGGUUUGUCACUGUUCCUAUCUCAGGUCUCAUCAGUGCUGCCAUCAUGGCACUCUUCAUUUAUGCCAUUCUGUGA